AUGACUGAUCAUCCUCAUCGUUCUGGAGCCCGGGCUUCCUGCCCACCUCGUCCUUCUACCUCGUCCUCUAAAGCUUAUGAUGCCUCGCAACUCACAAGACAGUUCGAGCAAUUACUGCGUACCCGCCGUCUGAACUCCUUGCAGGAACGCUCCCGCUCCAGAACUGCUUCUCCUUCUCCAGCUCCCUCACACAGACUCAUGCAUAACUAUCAAUCUUACUCACAACGAACUCAUCCACAACCACAAUCAUCACAACAACCCUCACAAUCACCCUCGCAGCCACCAUCAUACUCUCUUCGAAGUCUCCCUCUUGUCCCAGCCCCUCCUCAGGACCCUACCUCCUUCAAAUUCCGCAAUCUGCUCCAUGUCUUGUCCGUCACACCAACUAAAUAUGAAAACCCGGGCUUGCUCGAUGAAGCCCUGGCUGUAAUCCCUUUGGAUAGGCUGUAUGCUGAAGCAGAGGAGGAGUGUCAAAUAUUACAGGCUGAGGCUGCCAGUAUGGGUGAGAAUGUGAAACCCCAGUGGGGUUACCAAGAUUGUGUCAUCAAGGCCCUGCUAAGGUGGUUCAAACGUUCCUUCUUCCAAUUCGUCAAUAACCCCCCUUGCUCCGUCUGCUACAGCCCUACCAUCGCCCAAGGGAUGACCCCUCCUACCCCUGACGAAACUGCUCGCGGCGCAACUCGAGUUGAACUUUAUCGAUGCUCAGAUCCAGGUUGUGGAGCAAAUGAGAGAUUCCCCCGCUAUUCAGAUGUUUGGGCCCUGUUGCAGUCACGACGGGGACGGGUGGGUGAAUGGGCCAACUGCUUUUCGAUGUUGUGCAGGGCUGUGGGUGGUCGAGUCAGAUGGGUCUGGAAUUCUGAGGACUACGUGUGGACUGAAGUGUAUUCGGAACAUCAAAAGAGGUGGAUUCACGUCGAUGCUUGCGAAGAGGCCUGGGAUAAUCCCCGGCUAUAUACUGAAGGGUGGAAUCGCAAAAUGGCAUAUUGUAUUGCAUUCUCAAUCGACGGCGCAACCGACGUUACACGACGAUAUGUUCGCAACCCAGCAAAACACGGCAUAUCCCGUACACGUGCUCCCGAGGAGGUUCUACUCUGGGUCAUCCAUGAAAUACGACGAAUGCGACGGGAUAAUCUUUCCAAAGCGGAGCGUCGACGACUGAUGAAGGAGGAUGAACGGGAGGAGCGGGAACUUCGUGGAUACAUGGCUCAGGCGAUUGCGACGGAAAUCAACAACUUGUUCCCCAAUGAACAGCUCAAUACCAACACCAGCAUCAAUGGCAACAGCGCAUCGUCUGAUGAAACAAAGAUUCCCGUAGCGUCCCGGAAUGGAACGGUGGAAUGGGUAAAUCCUACCGCCAGCCAGACUGGGCAGCCCAAUCCUGAUCGAUCGAAUCAGGGUCGAUAG